GGGUUUAUAGUCGUCACUCGACUCCGGGGUUUAUAGUCGCCGCUCGACUUCUAAAGCCUGUGACUCUAAUAUAACUCAAACCCAGUCGAUCGCAGUGGGAGUCUUCGACAAUGAGCUCGUGGCUCUAAUAAUAUAUAAACCCGGCUGAUCGACACGAGAGUCUUCGUAAAUAUAAUCCCGGCCGAUCGACGCGGGAGUCUUCGCAAAUAUAAUCCUGACUGAUCGGCGCAGGAGUUUUCGCAAAUAUAAUCUCGGUCGAUCAGCUCGAGAGUCUUCGCAAAUAUAAUCCCGGUCGAUCGGCGCGAGAGUCUUCACAAAUAUAAUCCCGGUCGAUUGGCGCGGGAGUCUUCGCAAAUAUAAUCCCGGUCAAUCGGCUCGGGAGUCUUCGCAAAUAUUAUCACGACCGAUUGGAGGGGGGGGGGGGUUCGGCCGGAGAACUAUGACAGAUCCUACAACCGAAAGAGAAUAUAAUGAAGAAACUGACCUGCCGACCGACAGAGGAUCUGACUCAAUUCCUCGACUCUCGAAUACCCGUGGAGUGAGGAGAGCAGAACAGUCUCGUCGAAACCCACCAAGGUCAUGAGUAUAACAGAAUUUUCCGGCGUCGUCCAUCUUCACGUUCCAGAUCAGGUGCGUUCCCAUAGACGACGCAAAUUAUGUUCUUGUCGGGAAUUUGAGAAGACUGGACUGUCGGAAUGACGUGUCUGGAUUGUUGAUCGCAUCUCCAUGACCCGGAUGGUGAACUGUCUUUUGUGUUGACCAAGUCAUCGGAAGACCUCCGGUCAACAGUACCUGCAGCUAGCGACUGGGUUGGCCAGGUCCCUGGUACCCCGAUGCUCGAGGCGGGUCCCGUGAAUAUAUAAGCAGCCGAAUAACAACAGAACAAUAAAAUAAAUACAAGAUGAGUACGAUGACGUACCCUGGCCUCGGGGGGCACCCUCGGAAUGAUCGGUGAGCUGGUCGCGCUGCUGAUCGAGUCGUCACGACCCUGAAGGAUAGAUGAAUGUGUCAGCUGCGGAGCUGGAUCUGCCCGUCGGGAGGCGAGCGUAACCUGAAUCCGGCAAAUAACAGGCCGACCGAUAGAUACUAGCGACAAGCCGACCGAGAGAUGACGUCGGCACGCAGGCCGGGAUAAUAUCGGCGCACAGGCCGAACACACCACAACGGCUCGUAGGUCGAAAUACAACGGUGGCUCGUAGGCCAGCACAGUACCAAAUCGGACGAUGACAACAGCUGUGAAAUCAGUGGUGGUCAUGGAUCGCCUGGUGACUUGUCAUUGUAGGUGGCAUUGGGGGGUGGCAGCAAUGGCGGCGGGAGGCGCCGACGACCACUAGAGGCGGUGUCAGUGGCCGCUAAAGGCAGCGACGACGACGGGAAGCUGCGGCUUGGAUUGGCGCAGAGCGCGAAGGGGUCGUAGCCAUGGAACGCGAGGCGCGAGAUGCGGAACUCCUCGACGAUGACGAACGCCCACGGCAGGAACCAGUCGGAGACGACAGCGUCGGGGCGGAGCUCGACGAAGGUGCGGCAGAAGGGAUCUUCUAGCAUGUAUAUUCCCUCGAAGAAGGUCGUGUGCUGGCGGAAGUCGACGUUGGCGAGGCUCUCAUGGCUAGGUGGGAGGCCGACAACGACGGACGAGAAGUGGAUGAGGCGGAGGUUGAUGGAGACGCCGUCGACAGCGGGUUGGAAGAGCAGGGGAGGAGUUGGCCUCAAAGAGGCCGUUGCUGGCGGAACUCCUUGGUGGUGCCGGCGAUGCACAAAGGAACCCCUGGUUCCUAGUGGCGACGCAAGAGAAAGCACGAACUCCCUUCCCCUCAAAUGAACGGUGCUUUCCCACUUAAAGCCUUAAAGCCCCAACAUGUCAAAUGAUGAAAAUGUCUCUCUCCAUCCUUGUAAUUUUCCUAAUGCCUUGUGAUAUAUCCGCAUCAAGGUGGAAGGUGUCGAGUCUGGGGAUGGUAGAAUUUGUUAGGUUUUGAAAAUGUUAUAAUAAAUCUACCAAUCUCUCUGUUUAUAUCACUCGAAAUAACUUUUUGAGCAUUUUUAAACACAAAUAAAAUAAAUAGUAUUAAAAAUAAUAGGCUAAAAAUCAGGAAGGCAACAUUUUUUUUCUAAAUCAUGGACGCUCUUGUAAUUUUUUAUCAAAGAACUUCCACUCCACUAUUUAGCCGUAUAUAGUUAUUUAACUGACCUUUAUUACUAUUUAGUAAUAUUAUCUCCUGUGUCGUACCAAUUGUAAAAUUAAUAGCGGUUAAAAUAUAAAUAUAUGAUGAGAGUAAGUUGAAUUCGUAUUAUAAUAAUUAUGAUUUAGUAAUUGAUAUAACAUGAAUGUUUGAUGAGUUUAUACUAUAGCAAUUAUAAAAUUGUAAUUUUUAUCAACGUGGAACACAUUAAGUACGAAUUAAUUUGAGAUUUAGAUGGAAAAAAAUAGAAAUAAAGAGUAAAAACAAAUGUUUGGAUAAUUUUGUGCAACAAACUGUCAGGAUGAAAUAAUGAAAUAUUCUUUUGAAUUAUUAUAUAGCUCCUUUAUUGGUUUACCUCGUGGGGUCCGUUUUCUCUACAAGGGGCCCACGUUUCUUGUUUUGGGCUCUACCGUCUAGAUCGGCGAAACUCUGCGGAGUCGAGCACAGAUCUUCGUCCAGGCUCCUCGCUCUCCUAGUGCUGCAAUGGAAGCGUUGGAUGGGAUCGAGGACGCGACACCAAGAAGGGACGAGGGCGAGAUACUAGGAAGGGACGCGGUAAUGGAGCACGAGGCGCCGGAGCUCACGAAGAUAAACUCGGUUGGAUUUGAUCUGAAUAGGUUUGAGGAACUGGUUGGAGAUGUGCCAAAUGACUUUGAAGCUUGGACUUCACUUAUAGCACAUGUUGAGAAAGCUCACCCUAAUGACAUUGAACGAAUCUGCUUGAUUUAUGAUGCGUUCUUGUCUGAGUAUCCUUUAUGUUAUGGUUACUGGAACAAGUACGCAAAUCACAAGGCACAACUCUGCACUUUGCAUGAUGUUGAGGAAAUCUAUGAAAGGGCUGUCCUAGCAGUGCCAUAUUCUGUUGAUAUAUGGGUCAAAUACUGUAGCUUUGGUGUCUUAACAUAUGAGGAUCCUAUGGAUAUUCGGAGAUUAUAUGAGCGAGGCUUAUCAUUUGUUAAGAAAGAUUACUUCUGCCAUCAGUUGUGGGACAAGUAUAUUGAAUAUGAAUAUUCCAUUCAGCAAUGGAGUCAGCUAGCUCAUCUUCACAUUAGAACUCUGGUAUUUCCCACAAAGAAAUUACAGAGCUAUUAUGAAAGAUUUAAGAAGUUGGUUGAUAUAUGGUCUCAAAAGAUGGGUUGCCAGCAGGACCUUGAAUUGCCAAGAGAAAGCAUCCCGUUGAGUCAAGGAAUGACAGAUAUUAAGGAUAAUGAAUAUUUAGAAAUUUCCAACCUGAUCAAAGAAUUUAUGGAUCAGAAAGGCGAUCAUUCAAAGAUAGCAUUUAGAAAGUACUUAUCCCUUGGGAAUCAACUUUACAACAGAUCGAGACAAAUAGAUGAAAAGAUCUGUUGCUUUGAAGCACACAUCAGGAGGAGAUAUUUCCAUCUGAAGCCACUGGAUGCUUGUCAAAUAGACAACUGGCACCAGUAUCUUGACUUUGCUGAGAUGCAAGGAGAUUUUGAUUGGACAGUAAAACUUUAUGAGAGAUGUUUAAUUGCUUGUGCCAGCUAUUCAGAGUUUUGGGUUCGGUAUGUUGAGUUUAUGGAUGCAAAUGGUGGCCGUGAGAUUGCAAAUGAUGCACUUGGGCGAGCAUUGACCAUCUUUCUUAAGAGAGUUCCAGCUUUCCACAUCUACAGUGCCAUGUUUAAGGAGAAAAUUGGUGAUUUUUCUGCUGCACGUAUUCUAGUUAAGCAGGGUCUGGAUUUGGGUUCUGACUUCAUUGGUACUGUUAAAAAGCUGGCAAACAUGGAAAAGCGUCUGGGAAACACUGAGGUAGCUUGCCAGACAUAUGAAAAAGCAAUUGAGUUGGCUAAAGAAAACAAGAAUUUGGAUAUUAUUCCAAUUCUGUACUAUUGUUUUGCUCAAUUUACAUUUGUGGCAAGUGGUAGUAUUGAUGCUGCUAGAGGAGUUUUCAUCAAGGGUUUUCAGCAAGCACCGUGUAGAGCAAUACUAGAGGGACUGAUAAACUUUACAACCAUUCAUGGCAGUGCUUCUGAGAUACCUAUUAUUGAUGUGAUAAUUAUGAAUGCAUUAGAACCAGGUUCAAGUGUAUUUCAAGCUUUGAGUGAUCAAGAUCGUGAAGACAUUUCUAAUUUAUUUGUAGAGUUUGUAGACCUUUAUGGGGAUGUUCAUGACGUCAGAAAAGCAUGGGAUCGGCAUAGAAAACUCUUCCCACAUAUCAUGGAUUUGUCAGCAAACCAUGCAUCCUCGGAGAAUAGUACUAUGAACAAGAGCAUGAAUGCUGGUAAUGGACCAGGUAUGGAUCUUAUUUGUAAUGGUUGCAUUGUUAAUAGCAACCUUGCUCGAGAUAGGCAGCAAACUACCAAUUUGGCAGUACAAUCUAGUUAUGAUAUCCUUGAAGAAGUGGAUGCAAUUGGCAAGCUGAAUUUAGAGAUAAAUAGAAUUGGUACACAGGAAAUCCAGUUAACUGAUGCUAAAAUAAUGGAGCAGUCAGUGAAACAGAGUGGAUCGCACGAUGUGGCUAAUGAGCAAGUUCAUGAAACUCAUGAAACUAAUCCACAAUGCUCUAUGAUUGAAGAUAAUUGUGAACCUAAUUUUGAUGACCUCAGGCGGCUACCGUCACUUGAUAAUCUUUCACUAAAAUCUCCUGAUGUUAACAAUCUGCAAGUGAUCUCAACAACUCUGAUUGACUCGGAGCUUGCUGAAGAGGUAAUUACAGUACUUAGCAGCAGCAAAGUACAGGAUGGUGAGGAUGCAGUUGAGGCAUCUGAAGUCAAUGUACCUGCGACACUAGACGGAAAAUCAAGCUCAUCUUCUCAGCCAGAUCAGUAUAAUGAAUCCUAUUCAUUUCAAGCUACUGGAUCUCCUGCCAUAGAGGCACAACUGAAAUUUCAUCAGCAAUUUAAUCCUCAAUCACAGUCCAACUCAAAACAUGGACUACCACCUAAUACCAUUGCAUCUCCACAAAUUGCUAGUGGUGGAGGAAGCUGGGCACAAAACAACAAAAGGAAGGAGAAUCCUGAAGAUUCCACAUCACCUGAUGGGCAUAUCCAAAUCCAAGUAUCAGAGCACCAGAAUGGUCAGGUUCAAGAAGAGGCACAAUACCCUUUGGGUGGAAAUAGCUCACAGCUUCCUCCUGAUCAAUUUCAUCCAUAUCAAUCUCAGGCUUGGUCUAACACACAAGCUCCACAGGCUAGCCAAAGCCAAGUUCUAUAUCAGAUGGCUGCUGCUCAAGCUUACCAAACUGCCAACCUUGCUUGGACUGGACAAACCAUGCAGCAUCAGGGAUUGGUAUAUGUGCAGUCCCAACCUAGCUCUCAACCUGCUUCUCAAACCCAGACUUAUGCUUAUCAGCAACUAAACCAGAACAGUGAACAGUAUGGAUAUACCCAAAGCGGCCAAGUAUUUAAUCCUCAAAUCUGGCAAUAUUAUCAGCAACAGAUGUGCUACCUGCAGCAGCAGCAACAGCAAUGGCAACAGCAACAGCAAUCACAACAGCAGAACCAGCUGACUCCUAAUUCCUCAGAUCUGUUAUCGCAGGUUGAACAGGUACAACAACAGCAAGAAAAGAAGUCUCAGCAGACGCCAACACGGAGCCAACAGCUGGUUAUUCAACUACAAAGGAAACAAAACCAAAAAACUAGCCAACAAAUGCAUGAACAUGCUUCUUCACCUGAACAAAAACAUAACCAACCACAGCAGCAGCAGCAACAAGCAUUGCAACUUCAGCAACAAGAUGAACAGGCUAAUCAGACUCAGCAUCAGCAACAAGCAUCGCAACUUCAGCAACAAAAUGGACAGGCUAAUCAGACUCAGCAUCAGCAACAAGGAUCCCACCUUCAGCAACAAAAUGAACAGGCUAAUCAGACUCAGCAGCAACAACUUCUCUAUCUCCAGCAGCAACAGCAACAGCAACAAAUGUAUAUGCAGCAGCAGCAGCUCUACUUGCAGCAACUCUAUCAACAACAGUUAUUCCAGCAGCAACAGCAACAAGUACCACAGCAGCUACAGCAGUAUCAACUAUUCCAGCUGCAGCAGCAACUAUUCCAGCUGCAGCAACAACAGCAGCCGACAAUUGGUACAUCAGAAGUUCAAGUUCAGCCCACUGGUUACUUGCAGGGUGAAGAGUCUAAAUCUCAGAAAGUUGAGCAAUCUCAGAAAGUCGAGCAACCGGAGCAUUCUCAUUCCUCCACCCCCCAGAGGACUCCCACGCACUAAAACCAAAUCUCCAUUCGAGUUUUGUGGUUUGGAGCCUAAAUACGAAUUUGCCAUAACAUCAGCUUAGAAGAGUAGCACAUAUUUCACUCGUCAUAACAUCAGUUUAUCGUCCGCAAAGUCACCUACGUGUUUUUUUUUUGUUUUUGUUUUGCCAACUAGGAGAGUCUACACAAAAGUCUUAAAUGAAUUAAACAAUGCAGUAGAUAUCUACACAAAGUCGAUCAUCAAGGCUUUGCAAAUGCUCAAUUAAGAGUGUAACAUGUCUAUAAUCUUUGCAAGCACUAUGUUGUGGUUUCACCUCAUUAUAUGAACAAUGCUACUGGGAAACUAGAGUAAUAAUUAUUCUCGUCUCCUUUUUUUCAA